AUGUCCAGAGUGAAGAGAAUUGCUAAGGAGCUGGAGGACGUCAAAAAGGACGCGUUGUCGGGCGUGACUCUUUCGCUUGUGUCGGAGGACGAUCUCUCGCAUUUGAAGGGCACUUUUGUCGGGCCUCCAGGAACACCGUACGAGGGAGGACUCUUUGAGGUUGACAUCCAAAUUCCCGACGCAUACCCGUUCAAACCGCCAAUAAUGAAGUUCGACACCAAGAUCUACCACCCAAAUAUCUCCUCACAGACAGGAGCCAUUUGUUUGGACAUUUUGAAGGACGCAUGGACGCCGAUUCUGACCCUCAAGUCGUCGUUGAUCUCUCUGCAGUCUCUGCUGCAGAGCCCAGAACCUACCGAUCCGCAGGACGCACAGGUGGCAAAGGUGUACAUGAGCGACCCCAAGAAGUUUGCCGAGACGGCUGCCAACUGGACCAAGAUCUACGCCCCUAAUGACAACUACAAGCCCGAGAAGGGAGGCUCCAAUUACGACGAGUUUUACGGCAUUGACAGAGCCACCGUCCAGAUCUUUGAGGACAUGGGUUUUCCCAAGGACAAAAUCAUCGCUGCUUUGAGAAAGCUCGACCUCAAAAAAAUCAGGGUCGACGAUGUCCAGACCCAGCAGAGUGUCUUAGAUGAAAUUCUUCAUUAA